UAUGUAAAAAUUACUGAAUAAUUAGUAAUAAUGAAUACAAUAAUCGACCAUGCUCGGCGCUGGUGAACAUUUGGGUAUGACGAUCAGCUGUUCGACGCCAGACAAUAAACAGAUAAAAUAAACGGUAGAUGAACGUUUGCUGUGUGGCUGUGUGCUAGUGCUUGCAGACUGAGACUGAGGAGCGGAAUUGAUGCAGAUUGCCUCUACAGGUCUAGGAAGUAUGGCAUCAUCUGAUUUAUGCCCUGAUUGCAAAGAAGGAAAGCUGGUGGAGGAAUCCAUGGGUGCUGAAGAGACGAAGACGUGUACCAAUUGUGGUUACUCAACUCAAAGCACAAAUAUUGUAAUGCCCACAUCUGCAUUUCAAGAAGGAUUUGCUUUAUCGAUGGAAUGCAGUUUGGAACAAAAAUAUAAUUGCAAAGUUGAUUCAUCAUACAAGCAACCUUCAAAAAACAAAAAAGAAGUUUUGAACAGAAUGAAGUUAUAUUUGCAACAAUAUCCAGAUCAUGAUAAUUUAUUUGAAAUUAUUUCAACAAUGUAUUUAAAAGUUGUCACUGAACAAAAUCAUAUGCAUCGUAAAAUGCCAUUGAAGUAUGCACUCGCGGUUGCAUGCAUGGUGAUUGUGAUGAGAAAUCGUGGAAUUUCAGUUUUAAUACCAAAGCUUUGCGAUGAGUUUGAAAUUGAUGUAAGACGUGUAAUGCAGUUUAUAGCUGAGAUAAAACCAAAGUUUGAAAUUGAUAAUGUAAGUGAAGUAGAUAUGCAAACUUUUGUUGAUAAUCUCUUUGAACGCAAUGCAAGUUUGAAAGGAAGGACCUCUCUCAAAGAUUGUACGUUGAAGUUGGUGAAACUCUUCUAUGAUCUUCAUCUACAUUCAAGCAGACCUUUACUAGCGUCUGUUGCUCUGUAUUAUGCUAUACUUUCUGAAUCUCAUAUGGCGAAACAUGCAUUAACAGCUUCUGAAUAUUGCAGAAGAUAUAAUGUCAAUCGAACCACAAGCUUCCAGAAGAAUGUAACAUCAGCGAGAACAAAGUUAUUCCUGUUAGCUAAAAGGUUACCGUGGGCUCCAGCUUCUAUAAGUCAAUCCAAUUGUCAUCAUUACAUCAAAGAUAUUUUAAAAGCAAAGAACUCAUUAUCUGGAACCGAUUUCGGUUUAGAUGCUGAAAUACCUCUAGAAAAAAACUUGUUUAAACGAAAGCAAAGUAUGAUGACAAAUGAUUACGAAACGGCAUCAAAAUCUUGCAGAACACUUAUAACGGAACAGAAUGUGCUAGAACUACCGCCUGUUUCAAUAAAGAAUUUUGGGAAACGACCAAAAGUUGUUGAAACAGCUGAGCCUGUCAAUGUAUCAACAUCCGAAGUUAUAGGUGAAGAUGAAAUGUCAGAACGUGAACUGAAUGAUUAUAUUAGAAGUCCAGAAGAGAUUGAAGUAGCUAGGAAAAUACAGAAUUUGGUUUCAUGAAGUCUCUUUUUCGCUGAAACAAUAAUAAUAUUGUUUUGAGUUAUGAGCAGGAUUUUCGGGCACUUUAGGAGUAACAUACCAAUGAAUGUGGAUUUAUAGGACAUAUUUUGGCAUACUUACCACUGUAGCAACACAUAACGAACCAGAAAGAUAUCGCCACUCGUACAACCCCAAAUGUCCUAUGAAUCCAUGACUACAAAGAUGACUGAAAAUCAAACUUGUAACUCAAAUCAUCUCGUGCUUUAGUGUGGUAUGAAAAGUAAUGUUCACUGUGUAAUAAAUAACCCUAGUCGAUGAGUAAAA